AUGGCCUCCCUCUCCUCCCAGGACUCAGGGGUCUGGGAGAGCCCGCCCUUCGCGCCCCCUCACCUGCCGGCCUCCUCCCGCCGCUUCCGCUCCGGCUCCCGCCCGCUGCUCCGGUUGUCGCCGGCGGGGCCGAGGCCCCUCCCGGGCCGGCGUGACUCGGCGCCUCCGCCCUCCAGCCUCCGCUAUGCCCCCGGCGGCCACCCGGGGAACUGCAGUCGUCCGCCCGCCUCGGCCAGCCCGAGAGCCAACUGCCCCAACCGUAAGCACUUGAGCCCUAUGGCCGAGCUCGCCCGCGCCCUACCGGCCCCUCGGACUCCGCGCAAAGUUCGUCCGGCUCCCUGCCAGACGCCUUUCCAGCCGCCGUCCCUUAGAGGGCGAGCUGCAGCGCGAGCUGUGCGACCUCGGGCGGAUCACCAGCCUUCUGCCUUCAGGCGCGUAUAAACCAAAAUGCCAACUCACUUAAGCACCUACUCCAUGCUUGGCACUGUGCUGGCGCGCAGGGUGGUGGUGAGGGGUUGUAAAAUGUAGAACAAAACAGGCAUGACUUCUGCUUUCCUUGAGCUGGCACCCUGCCCUGUGAAGGUGGGCUGAAGGAGGACAGACUGUCAGAGGGAUGAGAGUCUCCACCUCCUCUCAGCCCUUGAGGCCACAGAAGAGCAACCAUGCCUGUGUGUGGGUGAAGAGAUCCCACGAGCCCUGUCCAUCCUUACCCACCUCCCUGGGACCCAUCAGGGAAUCACAGGUUGGUUUUGAUGCUCUAGGGGCAGUGACCCUUCAUUUCUCCUGAGUUUUGCAGACUUCCAAAUAGCUUGUAUCUCCUUGUUUUCCUCCUGAAACCCAUAGAGGAAAAUAGGGUGGGGAUUAAACUCUGACACUUAGGGCAACACCCACCUUUGACUAGCUCUUUGGGGGCUAGGACCUUGCUUUGCUGGACUUUGAGUCCCCGGCGUCUGGCACUGACCCCAGCACCUGGUUCCCUAGACAUUCGCUAAUGUGUGCUUACACGAUUUUUUCUAAAUUAAGAUAUAAUUCACAUACCAUAAAAUACACUCUUUCAAAGUGUACAAUUCAGUGGUGUGAAGGCUACAUAACCAUCACUGCCAUCUAACUCCAGGAUAUUUGCAUCACUCCAAGAAGAAACCCCACACUCAGCAAUCUCUACCUGGUCCUUCCUCCACCCAGCCCCUGGCAACCGGAAUGAUUCCUUUUUUUUUUUUUUUUUUUUUUUUGUCUUUUG